AUGGAUUUUCCAUUGCUGAGCCCCCUGGUUUUGUCAAUUGGGCUUCUUUUCAGCUUCUCUGCAUUGCUUGUUCAAUCCCUGGAGAAAGACGAGGACCCUGUUAAGCCUCACCGCUCACCGCCUCAAAUGCCACCUCCCCCGGUGUCUCCACCUCCACCAUUGCCUCAUCAUCAUCAUAUAUCCCCACCACCGCCUCAUAAGAAGAAUUCCCACCAUACCAAUCAGCCUAUAAAGAGUGAUAGGUCUCGAAAUGGUGGAGGUCACAAGAGAAAAAAUCGUGAUUUGGGAAAGAAAGUUGGGUUAUGGUUUAUUGGUGUAGCAGCUGGAUUGCAAGUUUGUGUGCUCGGGUUCUUGGUACACCAGAGAUGGCAAUUUUUCGGAGAGCAAGACUUCUUAUAG